CGUACACUGCGUGACGCGUCAAAUCUUCCAACUCAACCGCCGCUUCCUGGCCGGCCCAGGCAGCCGCCUCAGGCCCCGCUCCUCACUGAACCGCUAUCCGCUUAUUAUUGUUAUCACACCGACUGAAGAGAGCUCCGCUCCGGCUGCGUGGAGCUGCCGCCGGGAUGAGUGGACGGAAAGGCUAAAAUUUGCACAUCCUCCGCAGAAGUCUCGCCGCUUGCAGCGUGGGGCUAAGCGAGGUGCAGCCUGAGGAGCAGCUGCUGUGGUGAUGGUGUUGGACUUGGGCGCAGUCUUCAUGGAUCGGGUCGAGGGUGAAAGAAGUGCUGGGGACCUGUUGAAAACAGACGCUCGAGAAGAUCCACCCAAAGCUGUUAAAAGGUGCGGCGUCACAAAAAGGGAGACGGUGUCACACAACGGGCUCGCAGCCCCGACGAGCUGCAGCAGCCAGGUAGUACAGAGAAGAUCAUCAACAUCAUCGUCAUCAAAAUGCGGGACUGCAUCCAGAACGCCACUCCGGAGGCCCCUCAGCCUGGAGGUGACAUCCCAGCGCAUGAGAGGGUCUCAGGAGCAGAUGGUGGACCGGAGGAUCCUACAGCCUCCUUGGCGCAGUGGUACGGCUGCCCCCUCCCCCCCGGCUCGUAGCCUGACCAGCCCCAGCCUGGGAGUGAGUGGCUGGAUGCGCCGUAGUGAAAGCACCUGCUCUGUGAACUACUCCCUGGGGCUGCGGGGCAGUAAGGGGCAAAUGCGACCAGCCACCUCCCUCCCGCAUAUUGCUAAAGGAGUGGGUGGUUCAACACUCCCUACAGCCACCAGGCCCUGCCUGCUCGUUGCCCUCAGACCUCUAAACUUGGAGCAGGAGAAGCAGGCUUUCUUCCAGUCUGACUACAAGUAUGAGCCUCAGUUUGAGUAUGCGCAGCCUGAGCCCAGGAGCGUGCUGGACAAGUACAGAGAAGGCUCGGGUCUCUUUCUUGAACAGGCAGUUGGGAUCAUGGAGUGCGUCCUGAGGAAGUUUGGCUCCUAUGAGAACUUUGAGGAGGUGACUGGUGGCAGCGUUCUGCCUAAAAGUCAGGUGUGGGCUGCUGUGCGCAAAUACCUGCAGAAAGAGGGCUGUGUGGGGGAGGUUGUUGUGCGUCUAUCUGAAGAGCUGCUGUCUCAGGCUGUGAUGGUGGUGGAAAGCUGUCGUCCUACUCUGACUAUUAACCUAUCUGGGGCUCGACAGCACUGGCUGGAGGGAAUGCUGAGACAUGAGAUCGGCACACAUUAUCUGCGAGGUGUAAACAACAGCGUGCAGCCAUGGGCCACCGCCGAAGGCAGGAAGCAGUUUGGACUUAAACCAGCUAAUCCCACAGAGGAGGGCCUGGCCAGCCUGCACAGUGUGCUGCUACGGAAACAGCCCUACCUGUGGCGCGCGGCUCUGCUCUACUACACAGUGUACCACGCCACCAGCAUGAGCUUCAGCCAGCUCUUCAGCCACAUAGCACGGUUCGUCCAGGACCCGGACGUCCGCUGGGAGUACUGCCUGCGAGCCAAGAGGGGACAGACGGACACCUCGCAGCCCGGUUGCUUCAGCAAAGAUCAGGUGUAUCUGGACGGGAUCCUGCGGAUUCUUCGGCAUCGAAGGACAAUUGACUUCAAAAUGUUAACUUCUUUAGGCAAGGUGUCUUAUGAAGAUGUGGAGAGACUCCGACAUCUGGCAGUGCUCUCCAAAACUAGAAUCCCGCAUUUCAUGCGAGACCAGGAGCGGUACCUGCAACAUCUGGACCACAUCAUCAACAUCAAUGGGCUCGAGGAUUCAACUCUGGAGCACCUUCUACCGUGACCAUCCCACCCAAAGAGAAGAGGAACUGGAGGAUCUUCAGACUCUACCAUGUGGUGACCCAAUUCUUGCUUAAGAGAUCCAGUAUUACUGAUGCUUUAUUGGAGCAAUUUUGUUUUCUUAAAACUUGAAUGACAUGAACAAAAGGGACAUACACACUAACACCUCUAUCUACAUUUCACCUGUGUCCAAUGCAUGUUUGUGUGGCUUUUCCACAGAGCCAAGUACAGUUUCUGUGCGCCGUCGCCUUUACUGCUAUUAUGAAAUUACCUCAGUACUAAAACUUUAUGAUGUAAUCAACUUUAUAAAUGUAAACUCACUCAUAAUCACAGAAAUGUUCACAAUCACAUGCUUUAUUUAUGCAAUUAUUUAAGUUUUUCUUUUUUUUACUUUGAGAAAACAGACUGAAUGUUUCUGGUAUUAGCUUUAUACGUUCUUUUUUUAGACUGCGUUGUUUUUAUGCCUUUGAUUAUUUGCAUUUUAAAAAGAAGACACCAAGGACACAUUUCAAAACUGAGACCAUGAAUCUUAAAGAUAUCAAGUGCCAGCAGACUCAGUCUGACCUUCCACCAGGGAUAAUUAAAAUAUCAGUGUUAUUAAGAAGAUAAUCAGCUCUUUUAUCACUGUCUUAACAGUGUCCUUGGUGGUCUUUGAUUAUCAGUAUGCUACUGUGAUGUGUGCCUGAGACCCUGACCCCAACUCCACCCCACUGCGCAACAACCAAAUUUUCCUUUGAAAUGUCAGAGGAAUGGUUGGACAUUUUGGGUUGCUUACGUUUAUUGGAUAACUUGCAGAGUUGCUUGUGUUAAAGAAGGCAAAUAAGGGUUUGCUUACCCUGAGCUGAGUCUGUCUAAAAAUACUGUAUUUCAUUAUUUGGCACAUCAGCCUCGUCAGUCUGGUUUUUGCUAUGUGCUAAAAUUACAGUCUUUUCUAAACAAACAGUAAAAACGUCCUGGCCGGAAAAAUGAAGUCACUGCAGAACUUGUGACAAUAGGUCUCUGUUUUGACCUCUGCAAACACUUUGCUGCUGAGUUGAUGGGCUCAGUCACUCGUUCGGGGUCAUAAAUGCAAACUAAUUAGGUCUGUAAAUCUUGGUCAUACCAUAAAAAUCCAUAAAAUCUAUAUCAAGUGAGUCAUGACAACAAAGUCCCUGAUAUUUCAGUUGAGCUUUGCAAUGCUGCUUAAUACCUUAAUGACUCAUAGUUAGUCCUGUGGCCAGGAAUCACAGUCUUUAUUCCCGUUGUAGCAGUGAAACUGAAGCUCAGUUCUCUCGGUACAAACAAAGAGUCACACAAAAAAUUACAUUUAAGUUACAGUUCCAGCCAGGCUAAACGUUCCCCGAUUAGUGUGUCGCUGUUGGUGGCCUUUAGCUGUGGCUUUAUAUUUAACUGAGUCUUUUCUGUGAUGGAAUCAGUCUCUUAUGACUCUGCAAGAGAGCAAAUGUAGGUAUUUCCCCUAAAAGUCUGUCUUUAUUGGAAAAUGUGCUGAAGUAACCUUUUUAAUACUGUGUUGGGCUUUUUGAGACCGUUUCAUCCAGACUGAGUCUCUUGUUAAGGAGGAAACAGGGGUGUAGUGGGUGUGCCUUAAAUGGGUGUAGCGCUCAUCUGCUGUAGCUAGCCAUGUGUUUUGUAAGCUGCUUUUAUUGUGUUUGACACUUCAAACUUUAGAUGCGAGUCAUUUUGGGCCAAGCUGUCAGUCAGCACAGAGAAACCAGAAGAACCAGGUCACAGCAGCAUCACGACACUAGCCUUGAGUUUUUAACUUGAAGAUGAAAAGACCGGGCCAACAUGUGAACUCUACGAACACGGUGCAUUUUAAACACUUGGAUUUGAAGAUCAACAUGUAACCCAAUUAUAUUCUGCUGUGUUUAAGUUUUUAGCCACGUGAUAAGCUGAUAUUUAAGAUCUGACCUUAACGGCAGCCUGGUUUCACCUAAACGAAUGCACCGAUUUAUAAAUGCACGAAUGUUGCAGAAGUGUUAUUUUGUGGAAAACAACUUGAAUUUCCAGUUUAUUUAUUAAAAUGUACAU